GUCGUGCCAAGCGAGGAACUGGGCUGUCAUUUUACAAUCUGAGUAUGUCACAUCGAGUUGAAGGGCUACGGCAAACAUACGAAGGGUAAUCAAGAAGAUAAAAAGGCUAUCUCUGGAUUAAAGCAUAACGUUUCAAAACUUCUGAACUUAACGGUAACAAGCGCAAUGAGUUCAAACGAGCUCUCGCUUCAAGCUUUAUCGUGGAGACAACUUUACUUGAGUCGAGCAAAACUUAAAGCCACCAGCAGAACCUCUGCUCUGCUCUCCGGCUUUGCUAUGGUGGCGAUGGUGGAGGUCCAGCUGGAGGAUGAACAUGAUUACCCUCCUGGCUUAUUGAUUGCUUUCAGUGCCUGCACAACAGUGCUGGUGGCCGUCCAUCUCUUUGCCUUGAUGAUCAGCACAUGUAUCCUGCCCAACCUGGAGGCCGUGAGCAACGUCCACAACCUCAACUCCAUAAAGGAAUCGCCACACGAGCGCAUGCACUGCCACAUCGAGCUGGCCUGGGCCUUCUCCACCGUCAUAGGCACCCUCCUCUUUCUUGCCGAGGUGGUUCUGCUGUGCUGGGUAAAGUUCCUCCCUCUGAAGAAUAAAGGUAAACAUCAUGCAUCGACAAAGAAUGUAACUGAAUCUGGAGGGAGAAGCCCAGGAGAAGCUGCAGCGAUCGCCUCUACCUUAAUCAUGGUGCCCUUUGCCUUGGUGUUCAUUGUUUUCGCUUUGCAUUUUUACCGUUCGCUGGUCAGCCACAAAACGGAGCGGCAGCAUCAGGAGUUGGAGGUUCUGGCCAAAAUCACACAGAUGCAAAACCAACUGGAUCACAGGGGAGACGUGUCCAACCUGUCCUCUUCAGCACAUUUGGCCUAGUUGAUGCACUUAGAUAUGCUCCUGAUCUCGUACCAAACAA